AUGGCUAACUGCAUCUCAAACUUAAACUCUCUAUAUAUCUUUGUCAUUUUGGUUUUAUUCAUUGAAUUGCAAUCAACACAAGUAGGAGCUACAUGUUCAAAAAUUAUGGGGAGAUGUUCUUCUCAAGAUUGUGCUGCACAAUGUAGAAAUUAUCCAGGUACUGAUGGGGGCUCCUAUUACUGUAAUUACUUUGGCUUUUGCACUUGUGUUUUUGAUAAGGCGCCUCCUAAAGUUGAUGGAGAACGCCCUUGCAAUAUGGUGCUACAACUUUGCGAUGCUACGUGUGAUUCAAAUUGCUGCAAAUCAAAGUGUGCGACAAUAAACAAAAACUAUGUUAAUCCUACUGGGGAUUGUAUUCAAACUUUUGGAUAUCCAUAUUGCAUUUGUUCCUAUGACGAAUGA